UGCCAGAGACAAAACUGGUGUGUCACAGCACAUCCGGCACACAGUAGAACCAGAAGGACAAGGGAUUUAACCCAUGGACAGAGACACGGAGAGCAGUUUUUCAUCAGUCACCAUGGAGGUGUGGAGCUCCUCAUCGUCUGAGGAGGAGGAAGAGGACAAGAGUGCAUCCAGUCUAGGCGAUGAAAUAGUGGAGGAGGAGAAGAAAUGCCACAACAGCAAUAACAAUAACAACAAUGACAGACUUUGCAGGGAGGUGACACAAGUGUUGUGCUCAGACAGAGUUGGCCAGGUCACCAAGACAUAUCAUGACAUUAAGGCAGUCACCCACCUGCUUGAGGAGAAAGAGCGGGAUCUAGAGUUGGCAGCGCGGAUUGGUCAGUCUCUCCUGAAGCAAAACCAAGAAGUAACAGCACGCAAUGAAAUGCUGGAUGAACAGCUUGAAAUUGCAAAUGAAGAGAUCGCUCAGCUUCGCCAUGAGCUCUCGAUGCGAGACGACCUCCUUCAGUUCUAUGCAAGCACCGAGGAGAUCGAGAACGCUCAAUCGCAAUCACCAAUCAAGAGGAAUGAAUCAUGCAGUUCUCUCAGCAACUUCGUCCACUACGACUUCCUGCAGCAGAAACUGAAGGGUUUAGAAGAGGAGAACCGCAAACUGAGAUUAGAGGCCACGGAGCUCUCAACAGAGACGUCUAACUAUGAGGAGCAAGAACAGGAGUUGAUGAUGGUGUGUGUGGAAGAGCUCUCGUCUGUCAAUAAGCAGGUGGUCGAUCUGUCAGAGGAGCUGGCACGGAAGGUUGAGGAUUCUCUCCGACAGCAGGAGGAGAUCAGCUCACUGCUCGCUCAGAUUGUUGACCUACAGGCUCGUUGCAAAGGGCUGACCCAUGAGAACGAGGAAGUGAACCAACAGCUGAGUGCCUCCCGUGAGAGCCAGCUGAAGCUGAAAUCAGAGCUCAAGGAUUUGCAGGACAAGUAUUCCCAGUGUGAAGACAUGCUGCAGGAGGCCAGAGAGGACAUUAAAAAUCUGCGAAACAAGAGCCUGCCCAACAGCACGGUGCAGCGGUACACUUCACUGGCCUCCGUCCUUCCCAUGGACUCUCUGGCAGCAGAAAUAGAAGGCACCUUCCGCAAAGGCCUGGACACCCCAGCUCCCUCCGAAUACAAGAACCACCCGUGGCGAGUGUUUGAAACAGUGAAGGUGGUGAACAAGGCUGGGAGGUUGCGGUCACGGUGCCACUCUCCAGGGCUGCCAGGCUCCAGCCCAGUGUCUGCACGUUCCAGCUGUACCAGCACCCCCAGAACCAGCUACUAUGGCUCUGAUAAUGCCAGCCUUACCUUGGAGGACAAGCCCAGCUCCAAUCAUGCACAAAAAGAAGACAACAGUGUUAGUGGGCCAAAACGUCUUGGUCAGCCAGGCACACCGGGAGGCCAAGACCUCGAGGCUGCCCUGCGCAACCUCUCUGCCCGCCAGCAGAACCACUCCUCUGAGCGGCCUUUCUUUGAUGUGGAGCGCGAACGUAAACUCCGUGCCUUGGCAGCAGACUGCGAGGAGGGCGAGGGCUCCAGUGGCUUCCUGACACCAAACGACAGCCUGGUCUCCAGCCCAGCAGCAUCGACGGGCACCAACUACUCCAAUGGCAGCUCACGACACUCCUGUGGCUCCUCGAGUGGAUCCAGGUCCUACCUGCCCGACCGUCUGCAGAUUGUCAAGCCUCUGGAAGGCUCAGUGACUCUGCACCAGUGGCAGCAGCUGGCCAGACCAAACCUGGGAGGCAUCCUGCACCCACGGCCGGGCGUCCUGACGAAAGACUUCAGGGAGCUCGAGGUCGACAUACAGCACGUCUACAGCCUGAACGACCUGGAGGAGGAUGAACCGGAUCUGUCACAGCUUUCUGGAGCUCAUGGAAUGGUCUCUCCGUCGGCUCACAACCUCCCUCAGACCUCUCCCACACAUACCAUUACCACCUGCCAAGUCCUUCAACCCUCCCUUCUCAUCCCCUCCUUCUCCACUAGCCUUCACUCUUUCGGCCUGCCAUCUUGUUGGAACUGUGAGCACGUGAACGUUUCACCUACUUCCCACCAGCAGCACUUUGGCCGGGGAGGUCGGACCACCACCACCACCACAAAUUUAACCCCUUCAUCACUGGGACUCCUGCAGCUGCUGCAAGAACGCGGCAUCUCAGCCUCUCCUCAUCCCCACCACAACCUGCACUACAGCCACAGUGUGACACCCCCAUGUUCCACAGUAAAAGACAAAGGUGGAACGGUCUCGGACAAAGAGGAAGGAAGGAUCGUUUUCAGUUUGAACUUGGUGGAGAAGCUUCAGAGUCUUGGGCUGCACAGAGUGGCAGCCUGGGGGAUGAUGGGCCGCGGUGGCAACGACAGAGAAGCAAUCAAACAUCCUCCUAAAGUGUGAUGUGCUCACUGUUUAUUCACCCCAGUGACUUUACAUUAAGCCAUGUGCAGUUCAGGGCCCACCACAGCACCCGUGUCUUGAAAACAAAAGCCACAGAAUGUGUUAGAGCCAUACUUUUGAGUUGUUGGUAGUGUACAGUACUAUCCUUUUUCUAUGAACUCAUGCACAUUCACUGUUAGUUUGCGUGUGAGACAUCGUCAUCUCAGGACGGCAACCUGAUCACCAAUCUGUUUGACUCACACAUUGCUUCUUUUUACACACAAGAAAAGGAACAUCAAGAAGGGAAAAAAAAACUUUUUAUACUGCGUUUUGUGGAUUUCAUUUUACAGCUUUCCUCAUCACUGGUUUUAAAAACCUCCUCACUUGUUAUUUUUUUAGUUUCCAAAGUGAAACAGCCACUAUGUGUAAAUAGCAUCAGUGUUGUUUAAAGUAUAUACAUAUAUAUAUAUAAAAUAAAUUGUGUGCAGUAAAUUACAGUUAGUUGAAACAACAAACCAAACCAAUUCUACCACACUGAGGAAAAUGCACUUAAAUACACUUCAGGUCUUCCUGCUUAUACACUGCUACAUUGAGAAAAGCAUGUUGUAUAUACGGUAGUCAAACAUACUGAUAAAGAAGCACUGCAAAGACUUCUGAUACAGCGACCAAGCUGAAUAAUGAUAAUAAUGUUCCUUUGGCUGUCUGCUCUGCUGUAUGUCACAUAGCGCUUGCAGCAUCACCUCUGAGCUGUUGAAAGUUCUGAAUUUGUAAACUUUACUCUGAGCCAAACCCUUCACCAAAACCAAAUCAGGUUUGCUUGUGCUGCAUCGAAGACAGUAAAUGGGAUGUUUUUGUAGCAACAUAUGUGCUAACUCACUGUCUGACUGAAUAUCUUUGUUUGGACAAAUCUGUAUAUCAUAGCAUCAGGAAUUUUUACACCUGCUGGGAUUUAAAUUUGAGCAAAAAUAAUCGUGCUGGGCAUUUAAAAUGAUUUCUCGUAUUUAUUAAAUACAAGUAGAGGAAAUGUCAACUAUUUAAGCAGCAUGUUUCUUUCUGAACGAUCGACUGUAGCAAAAAUACAAAAAGGCAUAGGAUACUGUGGAUUUAAAAGGGAAGAAAUCAUAAACACAGGUUAUAAUAAUUUGUGUUAAAUUGACUUAAAUCAACCAAACCACUGUUUCUCUGCACUACUGUUUGCUGUAGUUUGUGUUAGCAUCACAGCUGUAUAUGUCAGUGUGUAUAAAUUGUACCACCUGUGAAUAAAACUUUCCAUCCAGAA